AAAAAUACAUAAAAAAUGGAAGACUAGUUAAAUCAAAGGUCAUUCUAAACAAUAUUUGUUUAAAUAAUCCUCUAUUCGUAAUUGUCGUUGCACAUUUCUAUUCAUAUUCACUAUUUAAGCAAUGCGCAACAUAUUAAUAAGUUAGUUUUUUAUUGUUAGCUUCGACGCAGUAUUUCAAGACAAUCGAAUCGAUUAUUUCCCAACCUUUCUGUUUGUGACUGGCUUAUCAGUUAAUCCGAGUACAAAAGUUAAUAAGUAUAGUCGUGGAUUGGAAGCAAAAUGGGCAACAAGUCAUCAUUGAUGCUUAGGGAGGAUGAAAUUGCACAAAUUCAAGAGGAAACUGGCUUUACACCCAACCAGAUAGAAAGGUUAUAUUCACGGUUCACAGCCUUAGACAAGAACGACUGUGGCACAUUAGCAAGGGAGGACUUCCUGCGGAUCCCAGAACUGGCCAUAAAUCCUCUCAGUGAGAGAAUUGUCCACUCAUUCUUUGCUGACAGUCAUGAUGACAGGGUCAACUUCUUGCAGUUCAUGAAGGUGCUGGCACACUUCCGCCCCAUACGGAAGAAUAGGGAGAAUAGGCUUAAUAGUAGAGAAGAGAAAUUACGAUUUGCUUUCUCCAUGUAUGACCUGGACAGUGAUGGUAAGAUCUCAAGAGAUGAGCUAUUGGCCAUUCUACACAUGAUGGUUGGAGUUAAUAUAAGUGAGGAACAGCUAACAAGUAUUGCAGAAAGAACCAUAUUAGAAGCUGAUACCAACAAUGAUCAGAUGAUUUCCUUUGAAGAGUUCUGCCGAGCCCUCGAGAGGACCGAUGUGGAACAGAAGAUGUCCAUCCGCUUCCUCAAUUGACCUCCAAACUCUUGAACUAUAUACAUCACAUAUGCUAUGACCGUGGCUCUUGUGGUCCUUGUCUAUGGGCUGAUAACAAAGAAAUAAUCUAUGAGCUGGGCUGAUUUUUCAAGCGACAGUUAAUAAACAGUCUCAAAAAAACUAGAAUCCAGAGCCAUAAAGUCAGCUUCAAAAAUAACCAAAUGUUUAUAACUCCUGCCAGCAAGUAAAGAAUCAAAAAUGGUGGCGUUAAUCAUUCCUUCUCACUUACACACUACCUACAUAUAGUGAGUGGGUGAGACGACAUGAUUAGUGCCGCUUCGUUUCUUUAUUAGCAGGAAUUAUAUCUGAGAAAUAAAUUUGACAUUUUGAUAGUUUUUAUUAAUCAAAUUUAUUAAUCAGUUUGUUUGGCGAUUGAAAAAUCAGCCUCUAAAAUAACCCAAAGGUGAAAAUAAAAAAAAAUUACAAUAUUAACUGUCUGUGCUACAAAUUAACUAUUAAAUGAGUAGAGGUUCUGUA